AUGCGUUGGGGGCUGCCCCCGCGCGGGCCGGGGGCAGCGGCUCUGGCCACGGCCCGGAAUUUAUGGAUGCCACCCUGCCUUCGUUGUCACCCGGGGUGGCGAGGGACGACAAGGAGGCUUUUGGUGCGGUCAGUCACCGGGGCCAGUAACCAGCUGCAGAGCUCGAAUAAUGGCAGAUAUCGGGACACGGUGCUGCUGCCGCAGACCAGCUUCCCCAUGAAGCUGCUGGGCCGCCAGCAGCCCGACACGGAGCUCGAGAUCCAGCAGAAAUGUGGAUUUUCAGAACUUUAUUCAUGGCAAAGAGAAAGAAAAGUAAAAACAGAAUUUUGUCUUCAUGAUGGACCUCCUUAUGCAAAUGGUGACCCACAUGUUGGACAUGCUUUAAAUAAGAUUUUGAAGGAUAUAGCCAAUCGAUACCAUAUGAUGAGAGGUUCCAAAAUACAUUUUGUGCCAGGCUGGGAUUGUCAUGGGUUACCCAUUGAAAUAAAAGUAUUAUCAGAACUUGGUGGAAAAGCUCAGAAUCUUUCAGCUGUGGAAAUUAGAAAGAAAGCUAGAUCAUUUGCUGAAGAAGCAAUUAAGAAACAGAGAUCAGCAUUUAUUCGUUGGGGAAUAAUGGCAGAUUGGACUAAUUGCUAUCAUACAUUUGAUAGAAAAUAUGAGGCCAAACAGUUGAGAAUUUUCUACCAAAUGUAUGAGAAGGGCUUGAUUUAUCGAUCUUACAAACCUGUGUUUUGGUCUCCCUCAUCAAGGACUGCGUUGGCUGAAGCGGAACUUGAGUAUAAUCCUGAGCAUGUCAGUCGCUCAGUAUAUGUAAAAUUCCCUGUCCUGAAACCUUCUCCCAAGUUGGUAUCUAUCAUCGAUGGUUCAUCUCCUGUUAGUUUUUUAGUCUGGACCACCCAGCCUUGGACAAUUCCAGCCAAUCAAGCUGUUUGUUAUAUGCCAGAUGCAAAUUAUGCUGUUGUGAAAUGUUCCAGAUCUGGAGAUCUGUACAUACUUGCUGCAGAUAAAGUAACAUCUGUUGCUUCUGCUUUGGAAACAACAUUUGAGGUUAUUUCAACAUUUUCAGGUGUAGAUUUGGAAAAUGGUACUUGUGCUCAUCCUUUAAUUCCUGAUAAAGCCUCUCCUCUUUUACCUGCAAAUCAUGUGACCAUGACAAAAGGAACAGGGUUGGUUCACACAGCCCCAGCUCACGGUAUGGAAGAUUUCAGUGUAGCGUCUCAGCACAACCUGCCCACGGAUUGCUUAGUGGAUGAAGAUGGAGUUUUCACAGAUGUCGCAGGUCCCGAACUUCAAAACAAGGCUGUCCUUGAAGAGGGAACAGAUGUGGUUAUAAAGAUGCUUCAGGCUUCAAAGCAUUUGUUGAAAGAGGAGAAAUUGGUACACAGCUAUCCCUAUGACUGGAGGACUAAGAAACCAGUGGUUAUCCGUGCCAGCAAGCAGUGGUUUGUACAUAUCACGGAUAUCAAGGCCACAGCCAAGGAAUUGUUAAAAAAAGUGAAAUUUAUUCCUGGAUCAGCACUGAAUGCCAUGGUUGAAACGAUGGACAGACGGCCAUAUUGGUGCAUAUCAAGGCAAAGAGUUUGGGGUGUUCCAAUCCCUGUGUUUCAUCACAAGACAAAAGAUGAAUUCUUGAUCAACAGCCAAACCACUGAGCAUAUUAUUAAACUAGUGGAACAACAUGGCAGUGAUGUCUGGUGGACUCUUCCCCCUGAGCAACUUCUUCCUGAAGAAGUCUUAUCGCAGGUUGGUGGUCCUGAUGCCCUGGAAUAUGCUCCCGGUCAGGAUAUUUUGGACAUCUGGUUUGAUAGUGGAACUUCAUGGUCUUAUGUUCUUCCAGGUACUGACCAAAGAGCAGAUCUGUACUUGGAAGGAAAAGACCAGCUGGGCGGUUGGUUUCAGUCUUCUUUAUUAACAAGUGUGGCAACAAGGAAGAAAGCACCUUUUAAGACAGUGGUGGUUCAUGGAUUUACCCUUGGAGAAAAGGGAGAAAAGAUGUCCAAGUCACUUGGGAAUGUCAUUGAUCCUGAUGUGGUCAUCAACGGAGGACAAGAUCAAAACAAGGAGCCUCCCUACGGUGCUGAUGUUCUUCGCUGGUGGGUAGCGGAGUCCAACGUCUUCACUGAAGUGACCGUUAGUCCCUCUGUACUAAAUGCUGCCAGAGACGAUAUUAGCAAGCUCAGGAAUACACUCCGUUUCUUUCUGGGAAAUGUCGCUGGUUUCAACCCGGAAACAGACUCCGUUCCUGUUAACGACAUGUAUGUCAUAGACCAGUACAUGCUGCACUUACUGCAGGACUUAGCAAACAAGAUUACAGAUUCAUAUAAACAGUACGAUUUUGGAAAAGUUGUUCGGCUGUUACGAGCAUUUUAUACCAGAGAGCUCUCUAACUUCUAUUUCAGCAUAAUCAAAGACCGGCUCUACUGUGAACACGCGGGUGGCCCCAAGCGGCGCUCUUGCCAGACGGCGUUAGCGGAGAUUUUGGAUGUGGUGGUUCGCUCUUUGGCUCCCAUUCUUCCUCACCUGGCUGAAGAAGUCUUCCAGCACAUCCCUUACAGUAAAGAACCCAGGAGUGUUUUUCGUACUGGGUGGAUUAGGACAAGUUCCAUCUGGAAGAAGCCUGGGUUAGAGGAAGCCAUAGAGAGCACGUGUGCCAUGAGAGAUUCAUUUCUGGGGAGCAUCCCUGGUAAAAACGCAGCCGAGUACAAGGUUAUCAUUGUGAUCGAGCCGGGGCUGCUUUUUGAGAUAGUAGAGAUGCUACAAGCUGAGGAGACUUCCAGCACCUCUCAAUUGAAUGAACUAAUGAUGGCUUCCCAGACAACUUUACUCUCUCAGGAACCACCAUCAGUAACUACAGAUGUAAUUGAACGCAAAGGGACGUUCCUGAUCAAUUUAGAAGGUGGUGAUAUUCGUGAAGAGUCUUCCUAUAAAGUAAUUGUCACGCCAACUACCAAAGAAAAAUGCCCUCGUUGCUGGAAGUACACGGCUGAGUCUUCAGAUGCACUCUGCCCCCGGUGCGCAGAAGUCGUCGGUGGGAAGUAAGAGCUCGCAGUGCCGUCGACAGCUCUUGGAGCAAGAACGCCCCUGAGAGGGCGACCGAGGUCAGAGGCCCUGUUUACCACGCUGGGAAGCAGCAAGCCUAGAUUUAGGUAAUGAGUGGAAGAGUAAAUGCUGGAGGAUAAGGGUCAGAUUCAGAAUUACAAGUUUUCCCUGUAGCAGAUAAAAAAUAAUGUGUGUGUGUAUAUACAUACAUGAAAAAUACAAAUAUGCAGCUGGCUUUCGAUAUAUCCGUAAUGGAUUUAUUCAGAACAGAACACUGGGUAUGUUUGACUUUACAUGUGGCUGACCAGAAAAUGUUUUAUAUUUUAUAAAGCUUCUUGACUCCAUAUUUAAGUUCUGUAACGUCUAAAAAUAAAGGCAUCUGGAAAUGGA